AUGGAUCGCUUGAAAUCUUUAUUUUUUCACCGGUCACUCAAUUGUAAAAAUGAUCCUGAAAAAAUCAAAAGUAUUUCUAAAGAAGAGUUAGCAGAGAAACUGAAAGAUCACAUAAAAGUUUCUUUAGAAGAAAUAAAAAAUCUAAACGACAAUUUACAAAGUGCCUUCGAACAAACUUUCGUCCAAAAUAACGAGAAUAUUUAUUAUAACAAGCGUUUGAAUACAGUAAUUGAUUACUUGACUAUUGUCAGGUGUUUGGACCAAGAAUUGAGAAGUCUUGAAAAAAAGUCUAAUGAUUUCGUCCAAAAAAUCUCAAAUUAUAAAAUAAAAUCGCUUAACGUAGACAAUCUGAUUGAUUUGUUGGACCCAGAUGAUGAAAAUUUUGAUCCUCUGGAUAUAACAGCUUUGUUUGACGACCAGCUAGUGCCAGCUUCUGAGACCCAAUUGGAAGGCUUAACUUCUCAAAGAAUAAAUACUGAUUUUCCAAUGAGAUAUUUUGGUGCUAAAGAUACUUUUGCGAUAAAUCGAAGGAAGUAUCAAAAACAUGAAUGUAAUUACCUCUUAUCCAGCGAAAAAGAAGAAGAGGAAGAAGAUAUCAAUUGCAAUACCAGAAUCAAGCGAGUCCCGAUAAACAACGACUCAUUUACAUUCAAACACAAAAUACUUAUACCUAAAAUGUAUCACAAUAAUCCUUCAUCGACUUGCUUUUCCAAACAGAUUGACUUAGUUUGGAAAGAAUCCUACAACGACGUUCAAUACAGCAGGAGUUCCAAAACAAUAUGCAUGGAAUUUGUGGAUGAUGAUGAAUUUAUCUACAUUACAAAAUUAUCGUUGACGUUGUUCAAACACAAAGAGUUGACAGCAAUCAACAGAAUAAUAUUUAUCACAUCAUCCACCCGGAUUAUGUCGUGGUUUGGCAGGUUCCUGGCUUGGAGAUUCCAGGUUCCUAGUGAUAUUGUAAAUUUGUAUAGUCUUGAUAACAAUGGAACAGUUGACGACUGGAAAGAGUGGAAACUCAAUGGCGGUGUUUUAUUCGUUGAUUUCGACGCUUUUCAACGGAAUCAAACUGAACUGUCCUUGUAUAAUCUUAUCAAUAGCCAUAGUCCGGAUUUACUUAUUAUUGAUUUAAACCUUCCACUGGAUGGUGAUGUGCCUGAGGAUAUUAAAAAUAUUAUUAAUGAUAUGUUCUGUUCUCUUAAAUUAAUCUUGCAGACUAGUAAAUAG